AUAUCCACGUUGCGCGUAUUAAUCAACCAAAAUGGUGCAGCGAUUAACCUAUCGACGACGGUUGUCGUACAACACAAAAAGCAACAGAAGGCGUGUUGUACGUACGCCAGGUGGCAAAUUAGUCUAUCAGUAUCUGAAAAAACCCAAGAAGAUCCCAAGGUGUGGGCAAUGCAAAGAUAAACUAAGAGGUAUCCAGCCAGCAAGACCUAUGGAACGUUCACGUAUGUGUAGACGUAAGAAAACUGUCAAACGUGUCUAUGGUGGAGUGCUUUGUCACAAAUGUGUCAAAGAAAGAAUUGUACGUGCUUUUUUGAUCGAGGAACAAAAGAUUGUGUAUAAGGUUAUGAAAGCACAGCAGGCUUCAGCGAAAACGAAAAAACCAGAAAAGUAAUCCUGUGCUUUUUAUUAAUUAAAUAAAAUAAAUAAAAUCCAAAACAAUCCAGGUAUUGUCUAUUAUUAUUAUAAAAUAUUAUGAUAUAUUAUGGAAUAUUUUGUUUAUUGUAACUUGUACUCUAAUUUUGUCUAUGAGCAAGUUCUAUACAUUCAUAUCGUGAGAUCUUUUUUAUUCAAAAAUCGACAUAUGUGUAUAUUAUGAACUUUCCAUCAUAUGCAGAAGACAAAAUAUAAAAUUUUAUCUGUU